CGAUUGUUUUGAAAAAAAUUUUUAAAGAUAAAAGCCAUUAGUAACUUUUAAAUUGUAAAUACAGUAUAACUAUUUUGUCAUUUAGGAUAACUAAAUUACGCGAAAAUGAUAUAUCUCCUGGUGCAACAUAUUGAACGGUACUUCCUGUUUCUUUGAACUAAAAAGAUGUCUUUAAAACCUCUUUUUUUUCUAAAUUUUAUUUUAAUGAUAAUAAAAAAGAUGUAAACUUCCUUCAGAUCCCGCUGCUUAGAAGAAAUUAGUCAAGAUGUCCUCCGAAAGUGAUUCUGACAUAUUUUUUGAUGCAGAGGAUGUAACACCUGUAAAAACUGCUAAAGUGCCAAAUAAGGAAGAAAAACCACCCUUGGAUGAGAAAGGUGUUUUGGAAAAUGAAGAAUCCAUUAUUGUUCCAGUUAUUAAGGUUAAAGAAGAAGAUUUGAAGGAAAUGGUGAGGAAAGCCAAAGACAAUGAGCAGCGGCGUAGAAAAGUUGAAGAGAUUCGAAAUCAAAUUAUGAAUGAUGACGACGACAUCCUUGAAAUCCAUUCAGAGCAGAGCAGCUUGGCAUCCUCAUCCGUCGAGGGAAUAUACCCGAGAAAUAACGCAAAUUACUUGCACAGGACCUCGGAGCGUAAUACAAAUGAAACAAGCAGCGUCAUGAGCUUGGGCAAGAUUGGCUGUAUCCUGGGAGACAGAGACAACACCAAAGAUGCAGACACUGUUUCCUUGAAUUCUAAAUACUCCAUGAGUGAGAGCGAAAGCAUUCGGGAAUUUCCCAACACCAUGCCAAAGUCUAAGUGUUCGGAACCGGACGUCGUCGCGAGCACGAAGGGUGAGCAAGUUCAACAUCCAGUUGCACCACCAAGGAAAAAGAAAAGGAACAAAAAUCUUCCUUCUUCAUCUUUAAAACCUGAGAAUAAUCAGAACAAAGAACUUCCUAGUCCUACCGAUCCUGUAGAAAGCAUUACUAGAGAAUUAGAGUAUUCCCUGGAUUUGCACAGUGCUACACGAGGGCAGUAUGUUGUGAAACCUCAGGACAGGGAACAAGAUCGAGCGGAAGGGCCAAGCAGUGAAAACAGCAGCAGCAGUAGCAAUGGUACCAAGCGCACUACACCCACUCGCUCGGACAGCUUAAACAGCGUAUCAUCUAAGGGCUCUCAUCAUGCGUCUGAGACGAAUGAGCCAGGAAAGCUUCUUGCCGAUGACAUCAAGCAACCUUUCAGCGUGAGGACACGCUCUGAUUCAGGUCGUCCUCUCACUGACCAGGAAAUUUUGGCACAAGUCAGUGUUCGAAAUUUAGAUACAGGUGAACAAAUUCCUUUGAGUUUAGCAGAAGAGCAUCUACCUAAAUGUUUGAAUCCAUUGUCAUUGCACAUUAUGAGGUUAACUUCUGAAUAUGUCAGUACGACAGCUUUAGAUAAAGAAUCAGAUGAAGAAGGCUCUGACAUGAGAAAAACGGAUGCAUUAGAAAUGGGAGCUAAAGCUUGGUUUAAAACACGUGAUUUUGGGAAGAAACUUAAAAUGGAAGUCAGCAAAAUAAGAACAGUUGUUGUUGAUAAAGUUACUCACUCACGUCAUGCUGAUGAAGAUAAUAGUGAAGAAGAAAUACUUUCAGACUUACGUUCCUCCGUUAAAAUAAAAGUAUCUAGUAAACUAAAAUCAGCUGAAAAAGGAAACAGUGAGUUUGAAAACAUCAGGGUGCUUCAAGAGCUUGCUGGAGAACAUACAGGGGCAAUUUGGACAAUGAAGUUCUCAUCUUGUGGACGUCUCUUGGCAACUGCUGGGCAAGACCACGACCUCCGUAUUUGGGUACUCAAGGAUGCAUUUGAAUAUUUUAAUGAUAUGAGGCAAAAAUUCAACAAAGAAGGUAAAACUUCACCCAUUCCAUGUCAACCAGAUGUUUGCCUAGAUAAUGAAGAUAUAGCCGAGGACAGUGAGGACAAUAAAGGUCCAUUUGUCUCCAAACCCUUUUGCAGGUACAAAGGGCACACAGCUGAAUUGCUUGAUGUAUCGUGGUCAAAGAACUACUUUAUACUGUCUUCAUCUAUGGAUAAAACAGUAAGAUUGUGGCAUAUUUCUCGGAAGGAGUGCCUUUGCUGUUUCCAACACAUUGAUUUUGUUACUGCUAUUGCUUUUCAUCCUAGAGAUGAUCGAUAUUUUCUGAGUGGAUCUUUAGACGGAAAAUUGAGACUUUGGAAUAUACCCGACAAGAAGGUGACUUUAUGGAAUGAAUUAGAUGGGCAAACGAAACUCAUUACAGCAGUAAGCUUUUGCCAAAAUGGGAAAAUUGCAAUAGUAGGAUCAUAUGAUGGCAGAUGUAUUUUUUACUAUACAGAUCAACUUAAAUACUACACUCAAAUUUUUGUAAGAAGCACCAAAGGAAAAAAUGCCCAGGGCAGAAAAAUAAGUGGAAUAGAAGCUAUGCCUGGAGAAGAUAAAAUCCUUGUCACCUCUAAUGACUCACGAAUCCGAUUAUAUGACUUUCGAGACCUAUGCUUGACAUGUAAAUACAAAGGAUAUGUAAAUUUAAGUAGUCAAAUAAAAGCAAGUUUCAGUCAUGAUGGAAAAUACAUUAUUAGUGGGUCUGAAAAUCAAUUCAUCUACAUUUGGAAAACUUCUCAUGAUUGUGCAAAAUUUAGAAGGGAUAGGAAUGAUUACUGGACUGGAAUAAAAGCUCAUAAUGCAGUUGUGACGUCUGCAGUAUUUGCUCCAAACCCUUCGUUAAUCCUGAAGCAGCUAGAGAGGGAUCAAGAGGAUGAGUGUGCUCCUGCAUUGGAUCACAGUACAAAAUGUUAUGUGAUGGUCAGCGCAGAUUUCAACGGAAAUAUUAAAGUGUUUCUCCACAAGCCCAGAGCUGAAAGUACUAACAUUUCGUAAUUAUUUUCUAGUCUAGAAUAAAAACUUUGUACAGAUUAUAAAUCUAUUCGACUGUGUGUUCGUUAAAUAUAACUUUUGUACAACUGUUGCCUACUAAAUUGAAUUCUAAAAUUUUUAAAGGCAUUGCAUGUACUUACAAUUUCAUCUGUAAUUAUAUUUUAUUAAAAUUUGCUUAUUUU